UUAACUUUCAAGAGUUAUUGAUCAUGGCAACCAGUAAAAUUAUAAAAUUACUCUUCUGUUUCCACUAUAUAAACCCCCCAAUCACCCAAUCCAUUCUCCACAGCACUCGAUCACUACCUGUCUAAGACAAGACCCAUCUCCUCUUCUUUUCUGGUGUGUAGACAUACAGCCCACUACACUAGAAAGCCACAAAUUAAUUAAUAUGACUUGUUCACUUUCAACCAAGCUUCUCUUCAAACUAUUGUUGGUCAUCUCCCUGCUCCAUAUCUCCUCCGCAGCAAGGCGACUCAAUGAGCUGGUAUCAGAGCAGCCUCUGCACUUAGAAUACCACAAUGGUCCCCUUCUAUCCGGAAAAUUCUCCAUUUCUCUAAUUUGGUAUGGCAACUUCAAGCCCUCCCAGCGUGCCAUCAUCUCUGAUUUCCUCUCCUCUCUUUCCGGUUCCACGACUUCUUCAUCAGCUUUAAAAAAGACCCCCCAGAUCGAACCUUCCGUUGUCACCUGGUGGAAAACCACCGAGAAGUACUACCAGAAUAACACCUCUAAGAAGCACCACCCUUCGCUCAUCCUCCAGAUGGGUAAGCAGCUCCUGGACAAGAAGUACUCUGUUGGGAAAUAUCUCACCAGUAACCAAAUCGUUCAAUUGGCCGAGAGGGGAAACAAAAAGAAUGCCAUCAACGUCGUGUUGACAGCUUCCGAUGUGGCCGUUGAAGGCUUCUGCUCGAGGAGGUGCGGGACUCACGGUUCUUCUGUUAGCUCAUCAUCAAACGGGACACCGGGGGGGAAUGGAAACAGUACGUUUGUGUACAUCUGGGUGGGCAACUCGGAGAUACAGUGCCCCGGUAAAUGUACAUGGCCAUUCCACCAGCCCAUCUACGGACCCCAGACCCCGCCCUUGGUCGCACCAAACAACGACGUGGGUCUGGACGGUAUGGUGACCAACCUGGCUGCUCUCUUGGCCGGAACAGUGACCAACCCCUUUGGCAAUGGUUACUUCCAGGGAUCGCCGGAUGCCCCUCUCGAGGCUGCCUCGGCUUGCCCCGGCGUGUUCGCCAAGGGGGCAUAUCCGGGUUACGCAGGGGAGCUCUUAGUGGAUUCUACCACUGGUGGGAGCUAUAACGCGCAUGGUUCAAACGCCAGGAAAUAUUUGCUCCCGGCCUUAUUUGAUCCUUCCACUUCGUCCUGUUCCACGCUGGUUUGAGAUUCAGCAGGACCAUCUAGGAUCAUGGAAAAUCCCUUUAUUAUUUUAUUACUACUAUUACAAGCAACAAAUAGUAAUACAGAAUAAUCUCAUACUUGAAAAUGUAUAUGUUGGAGAGAGGGAUAUGGUAUACUGUAAGUCUGUAACUGUAUUGAUUCCAUUAAUUCAUUUAUUUGUUCAUUAA